GGUUAGCUCCAAAUGUUGCGCUCCGAGAUACAGCGGAACGUUCAACAAACCUCAGUUGCUUAUUCGAAUUUAUUUAUAUUCAUUUGUUUAUAUUCAAACCCAUUCCCGUUGCCCUAUUUUUGUUAUGCCUCCUCCAAAAAUCCAAAUCAACCUCCUCAGAGGCUGGCCUUCCCCCUCACUCCACCCAACCCCCGCCCUACUGUCUGCGGCCCAGCACGCCCUUACCCAGCCAUCAAUCUCGAUACCGGCCCUCCAGUAUGGGCCCGAUGAGGGUUAUGAGCCACUUCGGCUUGCUGUUUCUUCUUGGCUCGCAUCUUUCUACUCCGUGCCGGACGACCCCGCACGGAUAUGCAUUUCUGGCGGUGCAAGCCAGAAUUUGGCAGCCGCGCUGCAAGUCUUCUCUGACCCAAAUAUUACAAAGAGAGUAUGGAUGGUAGCACCAUGCUACUAUCUGGCUUGUAGGAUUUUCGAAGACGCAGGGUUCACUGGGAAACUGAGGGCCGUCAGAGAGGAUGACGAGGGGAUCAACGUGGAUGCACUGGAAAGAGAGCUUAAGAGCCUAGAAAACGAAGAGCCGGGAGGCCCUCCAUUGAAACCCUGCCGGCCAUGGAGCAAAAUCUAUUCCCACAUCAUAUAUUGUGUUCCAACAUACUCAAACCCUUCUGGAAAGACCAUGUCUCUCCGCCGGCGUAAAGAACUCGUCGAUCUAGCUCGGACCUACAACGCUCUUAUAAUAACUGACGAUGUAUACGAUUUUCUUGGAUGGCCAACCAAUGACCAAGCACAGCCUACUUCGGACCUCAAGUCCCUCUUGCCGCGCUUGUCAGAUAUCGACCGGGCUUUACCACCUCAUGCCUCUGAUCCAAAACAUUUUGGGAACACGCUCUCUAAUGGCUCGUUUUCUAAGAUUGUAGGCCCGGGUGUUCGCACAGGCUGGGCUGAUAGCACAGCUGCGCUAUCAUAUGGACUCUCCCAGUGUGGGUCAUCCCGCUCAGGCGGCUGCGGUUCGCAGCUUGUUGCAACCUUCAUAACGCAAAUAUUGGAGAAUGGAUCGCUGCAGAAGCACAUUGCCGAGAAGCUUAUUCCCGUAUACCAACGCAGGUGGACCACGAUGAUCAAUGCCAUUGAACGUGUUCUCGUUCCACUUGGUGUGAAGGUAAGUAGGUCGAGUUUGGAAGGGAAGGAUGUAUUUGGCGGUUACUUUAUUUGGCUCCAUCUACCGGAUGGCGUAACGGCGAAAGCUACAGCCGCUGCAGCGAAGGAGGAAGAGAACCUGAUUGUGUCUGAGGGAGAGCUGUUCGAGGUUCAUGGAGACGAAAGUGCCGUGAAGCUGGGGCAGUGGUUAAGGGUAUGCUUUGCUUGGGAGAAGCUGGAGACCUUGGAAGAUGGAAUUGAUAGAUUAGGGAGGGUUGUGAGAAAGCUUCAGGGCAUGUAGAUAGGACUAUUGGAAAGGCUUGCUAUAGCUGCGGUAUAAAUUAUUGCCGCCAAAGAUAUAAC